AAUAAUAUUUUUACAAUAAUGGAGAUCAAUACUCUAGAUGAUGAAAAUCAUCCAAUAGAACUUUUUGUAAUGCAGGUUUAUGAUUACAUCACAAUGGCUUUCUCAAUAAUUGUGAUCCUAGUCGCACUGAUCAUCGUAAUCAGGUUCAGGAAAGAUGAAAGUUUGAUGUACAGAUCUCCCAAUCUACUUAUUGUUUCGAUCAGCUCCAUGUUGGCCUCCCAGCUGAUCAUUUGGAUCGGAUCAGUUAGUCUAUUUGGAGAUGGACAUUUAAACUGUAUAACAGGACACAUUGAGCAAUAUAUUUUCUAUCCUUUUUUCUUCCUUUCUUAUAUGACACGAGCACUCAGGCUGAUCAUUUUAUUCAAGAGAGCUGAUAUUGGAUUGUAUUCUUCAGAAAGCAUCGUAAAGAAGAACGAUGAGAGCAACACAAUUGCCUUGCUGAAAGAGAAUGAGAAUACUCUGACUGGAAGCAUAAAUAGUUCAGAUAUCAAAAAGCCAGAGGCUACUAUGUUACAUCAUAAAAUGUAUUAUUGGCUUUUAUGGUUCGAUACAGAAUGGGAAUACUUCAUGCUUACAUCAUUUAUAACCUUAUUGUCAGCAAUUAUUAUGACAAUUUUUCUAUGUGUGAAAAUGAAUCAAGUUCUGCCUGUAAUAAACUCUUCAUAUUGAUUAUAUGUUGAACAGACGACGAGUUCUUUCACCACGACUCUUCUAGACAUUAUCAUCAGAAAUUGUGACUUGUAUGGCAUAGCUACCACCUAUGUCCUCCUCAUGAGGGUGCCUCAAGAUUUCAACAUCAAAACUGAAGUCAGAAGGUUACUAUUAUGCCUUGGGACGGCUGGGGUAGCUAGAAGUAUAGUUGGAAUCGCUUAUUUCAAUGACCCCGCUACUAAAAUCCACAAAAUAAAUCGGGGAUCUUUCUACAUCCAGAUGAUCACAUUCACUGUCGCUUGCUUAAUCUCAGUAUUCAUCCCAUUCCUCACAACAAAGAGGUUGACUCCCUCCUUGCCGUCCCCUCCUGAAAGGAUCGAGUACAUCCAGACUGCAAUUCUUGACCCAAAAGGCUUCAGCUGCUUCUACGAAUGGUGAGAGAAGUACAGCCCGAGCGUUGUCAAAUACUUCGAUUGCUUCGUCAGAAUCAGGUUCUUUAAGAAAGCUUUUGAUAACCUUGAAAUGGCAGAAGAGGUCGCAGAGAAAGCGACUGAUAUUUUUGAGAACCAUCUUGAUUCGGAUAGUGAAGACCGCUUGUCUUUGAAUUCGGCCAUUCCUGAUAUUGAUAAUAUAUAACUUCCGACAUGUUCGACCCCCUCCAAUCCCAAUGCCUAUCAAUCCUAACCCCCAUCUACGACGAAUACAAAAAAUCCGACGAAUUCCAUUACCUGUACCAGCAGCUGUGCCUCGAAGUAAAACAGUACAUAAUCCUAAAAAAUAGGAUAAUUCCUUAA